CACGAGGUGGACCGUGUUUCCGGUGAGGAUCGAGAGAAUUGAUAUUGAAUGUGAUGAGGCUUGCAGAGGGGGUGGCGGUGCUGUACCACACGAAAUUCAAUGCCUAAUUCGCAGCCUUUCAUAUGGGCAACGCGCGCACUCGCUAAGAUGCGGUACCACCAACAGUUUUGCCUAUAAUCAUGGACUUUACUUCGAAAGUCUCAUCGCUGUAUGGACCCGGAACCUUCGGCUGCUGGCUCUGCGCGACACUCUCCGUCUUGAUCUCAUGGACUUGCAAUCGGCUGAGCAAAGAGCGCGAUACGAUAACGAACGACUUCCUUGCCGCUUUGACGCUUCCUACUAUCGCGGCUGUCCAAUGCCUUUACCAAAUCUCCAUCAUCGAAACGACGUCGGACGCUCAGACAGCCUUGGAGAUCCUCGACACAACUCUGGCCAUCACUGCUUGGUUUUCAGCAUUCGGCGUCUGGAUGUUCUUCAUCUCUAUGCUCUUUUUCAAAAGGAAGAGAUGGUUCUGUACUGGAUUGGUCAGCGCACUCUGCUCCAUAACCCGACUUGUCGCUUUUGUACGAGAGGAUUCCCGGCCCAAGCUCGCCGUAGUCCGUGGCGUGGACGAACUUUACUUUGUAGGAUCUCUCGCUGUACUCAUUCUGUACGCCGUGGAUAAAUUGGCAGACUGGAAAGACCUGAAAAUUCGCAAAAUUUGGUGCAAAGUGUCGUGGACAUUCUUGUUACUGUCCCCCGCGAUCGGGGCUCUGAUGCUGACAGUCUAUUUCCUUGGUUUUUGGGUGGAUGCGGAGUUCUCCAAGGACGAGCAUAGGUCGGGCGCCCAGGGCGUCUUCGCCUUCCCAAGGACGGGCUACUCACUUUCGGAGCUCGACCAGGCCGUCGCCUUGAGUGCCGGAGUUCUCACUCUCAUCUUGAGCAUCUGGGAUGCUCUUGCCUCCUGGCGGCUCUCGCGAUGGGAAAAGUACCGAGCAUGGAGGGCGAAUUGCGACAGGUAUAUGCAAGACGACGUAUUUGAGGAAAGUGAGAUCUCAGACUUGAAAAGAGAGCUCGAUAUAUUGGAUCAAGAGAUGAGAGAGAUAUUGGAUGCUCCUUCUCGCCCCGGAAUGCGGGCUGUGAUGAAACGAUGGGAGCAAAAGACCUGAGAACAGAUUGCUGCGAGCCUCCGGCAGGUCGGAUUUCUCUGAGGUAGAGAAAUGAAGAGUUCGUAGAGCUGAAAAGCAAGGAUAAGCAGAUGUGGCUUGCAUCAUCGCG